CUGAAAACUUCCAUUAAAGCCAACCUUGAUUGUCUGGCGGCUGUGCAUUGUAACCCGUAUACCAUCCGCGCAACUCAUCGUGCUUCAUCGCAACAAAAAGCCGGUCACGCGCACCCUGGGUUUUAGUCCUCCCUACACGCGAAGAACGCGUUAAGUUCUGCUUUCUGCAGCAACAACAUCAUCAAGCGCGCGCAACUCGAGACACACCUUCUUUUUCCUUGCCUUCGGUUGACAACUCCACACGACAAACCGCCACACCGGCUCUCACUCGACCUUCCCUAUCGACAUGUCUAGCGACGCCAGCCCAAAGGCGCCUGCCGCCGACGCCGCGUCAAAGGACGUCUCGCCUGCUGCUGCCGAGUCUAGCGAUCAAGCCACUGCCCCCGUUGCGUCAAAGGUGGCCGACGCUGAGGCCGCGCCCGCGCCCGCGCCUGCCAAGGCUCCCGCGUCAGACGAAUCUGAGAAAGCCGUUAAAGCCGCCGACAAAACUGCCGAAAACCCUGUCGACAAGCCCAACGUCGAAAUGGCAGACGACGCCGCGCCGGCUGCGGUCGAAACAGAGUCAGGUUCCGCCGAGCAAGAUGCUGCCACCGCUCCUGCGGACGCGUCGGCUGCGACUCCGACGCCCAGCAAGAAGAGGGUAGCCCCGCGCAGAUCAGUAGGAAGCUCUGAGUCAAAGGGCAAAAAGCUCAACAAGAAGGCUUCCAAGGCCAGGAUCACGCACCUGGACGCGCAGCCGGGCGACCACUUCUUCGUGAAGCUCAAGGGGUUCCCCCAAUGGCCUGUCAUCAUCUGCGAUGAAGACAUGCUGCCCUUCUCCCUCCUCAAGUCUCGACCAGUCACCGCCAAACGCCCCGACGGUACCUACCGCGAGGAUGUCGCCGACGGUGGCAAAAAGGCCGCCGACCGCACAUUCCCGGUCAUGUAUCUCCAUACCAACGAAUUUGGCUGGGUCCCGAACACGGACCUAAUUGACCUAGAUCCUGCGACCGUCAAGGACAUGAAGACUGAUCUCAAGAGGAAAGAUCUGCAGGCUGCGCACGAAUUGGCAUCGCAAAACAACGGCCUAACCUUCUACAAGGACCUGCUGCACCAGUAUCAAGAGGAGUUGCUCCAGCAAGAAGAGGCAGAAGAAAAGGCCAAGGCCGCGAAAGCCGCCACACCUAACAAAAAGAAAAUCAAGGUCGUUUCUUCUGCCGACGACGAGGAUAUCGAGAUGCCUGAUGCAGCCGAUGAGGAGACUACCCCGGUCAAGGAGAAGAAGACCAAGAAGCGCAAGGCUGAAGAAAUCGUCGAGACACCACAGCGCACCGACUCUGUGAAGAAGCCCAAGAUAAAGUUGACGACGAGCUCGACACCAAAGGCGCCCAACGGAACAGCUUCUGCAUCAAAGCAAGCUAAGAGCGCAAGCGAGAAGAAGCCUGCAAAGUCCAAGGCCGCUAAGCCCAAGGAAGCUGAAGAGAAGAAGGUGGAGAAGGAAGUGGUGACGCCGAAGGAGCCCGAGGUGUCCCCUGAAGAGAAGCACGCGCGGAAAGAGAAAGAAGUUCUGUUCCUCCGUCACAAGCUGCAAAAGGGCCUCCUUACGCGGGAUCAAGAGCCCAAGGAAGAGGAGAUGGAGAUCAUGUCAGAAUACGUGCUCAAGCUGGAGGGAUUGCCGGACCUUGAAGUUAGCAUCAUUAAGGCCACAAAGAUAAACAAGGUGCUGAAGGCGAUCCUGAAGCUAGACAACAUCCCGAAGGAGGAAGAAUUCAAGUUCAAGCCGCGCUCGCAGGCGCUCUUGGACAAGUGGAACAAGCUCCUCGCUGCUGACGGCGCGCCAAGCGCACCUGCUGCGUCCGAGGGGACCAAUGGAGUCAACGGCACAUCUAAGGAAACCAAGACCAACGGCGUCAAGGCUUCCGAACCUGAAAAGACUAAGGAGGAUUCAGCUCCUGCGGCGAAGAGCGACGAGAAACCGGCUGGCAAGCCUGCUGCCGAAGAUACUAAGGCCCCAGCAGCAGUUGAGGCGUCGGCUUAGCUGCCUCGAUCAAGUCGCCCGCGGCACUAUUUACUUGCCUGUGGAGGGAUAAAAUGAGGUCUUUUGACCCAGCAGAAUUACAGCUGCUCAUGACUUGAAUGCGGGUUUGGCCGAUUUGCUCGGCUCAAGCAACGAGAGGGGGCGUCACUCGCCCACCACGUCCCAGCCCGGCUCGAAUGUCCUGAUUCGCAGCAGCAGCAGCACAUGGAGGCAAUACCUCUGGGCGUGGUUCCCAGACACACAAGAUCGUCUUUUUUUCCUAUAUUUCUGUAAAACUAGGCGGUUUUUCUUUGCUCUUGCUUGCACAUGACCAUUUUUUUUCUCGGAG